CAUUAAAAGCAUCCCCGGUCGUUGGUGCGUCGGCAAUUUUCACUCUCUGGAGUUUCGUAUCUCUAGCUGCACCACCAGCUAAAAACGCUUGGGUCGAAAAUUUCCCCAGUCCAAGUGACAUUGGCAGGGAGAGUUUCUCGAAGUAGGUAAACAUCAGUCGUUGUCUCCCUUCCACCCGAAACGCUCGUGAGUGGGCCCCAGUUAAUCGCAAUUAGCCUCCAGAUAUUCGAACCACCUCCCCUCCUCUGCUCAGUCCUACCCUACAAGCGAAGCGCCCGAGCAACCCCCCAAAAAAAGCAAAAACAAAGCAAACUGAAGGAGAUGAUUUAUUUGUACCUCCAGUGGCUUUCCACCGCCUCGACCCCGAGUCUUCUUCGCAAAGUGCACCAGCGACGUUUCGAGCGCUUCCAACGACCAGCGCGGAUGUGAAAAAGAAACGCAUCUGAGUGAAAGUUUCUCGUCGAGCGAGGGCAGCCCUACGAUGUCUUCGUCGACCGUGAGCAGCCGUUCGCCGCGGCGGUGUUUGUGUCUCGACGCGUGAGGGACGAACUUCAAGCGGGGCCCAUGGGCUCGCCGUGUUUCUCGCGUUCGGACACACAAUGACGUUCAAAGUCGGCGACUACGGUUGGGUCUGGGACGGCAUUCAGUGGACCCCUUGGCGCUCCGUGAACCCGGACCAACGCGACGCUCAGCGACCGCUCCUGGGCUUCACCCUCUUCAUCUGGAUCAAGCGCGUCAAACUCGACGAGGCCGAACUCCAGCGCAACAUCCAGGUGCUCGGCGGGCGCGUCGCCAGACUCCUCGACGACGCGGUGACGUUCGUGGUGACCGAUCAGGACCCGACCAAGCCGUCUUCGCUCAGCGAGCCCUUGGCCCUCUCCCGCGGACAGCUCAUCCUCAGCCGCGCGCAGAAGUCUACCGAGGCUACCGAAGACUGCGAGUUCAUCGACAGGGUGCGGCAGGCCCGCAUCAAACUCUGGAGCGUGAGCCAGUUUCUGCGGUGGGUCGAGGUGCACCUCAACAUCCAGCCGCCUUCCGUCUCCGAGUCGCCGCCGACGACGACGUCUAGCUCGAGGAAGCGUAAGGCGUCCCGUCUGCCGCGGCCCCUCGUCAAGCUCGAAGACGUGCAGCAGGAGUACAAGCCCGUGUACAAGGUGUUCAAGUCGGACCCCGCGGUGUACGUGAACCCGUUGUAUCCGUCGAGCCCGUUCGACGACCCCGCCAUCCAGGAACGCUUCGUGCAGCUCAAGCGGUCCACGCGGGCGGCCUCGUGCGACUCCGAGGACUCCGACGACGGUUCGACGGGCGCGGUGGCGAAGGACGCGCCGCCCGCCGCCGUCGCGCCAACCAGAACCCCCGCGGCGCCCGUCAACAAGCACCAGUACUGCGAGUGCUGCAACGCGUACUUCUACAACCUCCAGCAACACAUCGGGCCCGACGGCACGCACCACCGCGAGUUCGCGCUGCGCGAGGACAACUACGAGUGCGUCAAGGAACUCAUCGACUGCUUUCCGAGUCUGGAUGACUUUGUGGCCAAUGGUGCUGCUGAACAUGCUGUGGACAGGGCGCUGCUGAACGACAUGCAUCCGUCUGCCUACCACCUCGCCAUGCUGAACGCGAGCGCCGCCGCCACGUACAGGGCGGCGCCGCCGUUCCCGCCGCGGCCCCCGUUCGACCCCGGACAGGUGAUGGUCAAGCAGGAGCCGCAGGAUGAUCCGUCGCCAGCCGUGGUCCAUCCUGGACUGCUCCCGGUCGUCGGAGAGCAGGGGGGUGCAGCCGGACCACUCGACUUCUCGCGGACCAGCCAGCUGUCCGACAUCUGCGGGCAGAGCUUUCCGCGCGAGUACGUUCACCACCACGUACCGCCUCCGGCGCUUCCGCACCCCCCGUUCCUCCCCGAAAAGGCGGAGGAACCUCCGCAACAACAGCAGCAUCCCUGCUGGAUCGGAGCAUCCAAGAUGGACUCUUCCGCGAUGAUGCCCCCGCACAACCAUCAUCACCAACACCAGCCGCCGGUGUCGGCAUCGUCCCACCUCCCGCUGGAGAACCUCAGCUUCCUGGACCAGCCCCACCAGGACGCCAUGUUCACCAGCGAGCUGCCGCAGCCGGACUUUUCCUUCGGGCUGCAGAACCUGCUGCACAGCAUCUGCGACGAGGCAGAAGAGGAUUCGCAGCGGCGGAGCGGAGGCUCGCGCAGCAUCGACAGCAACAAGGAGAACGUCGAGAGGGCAGCCUGCGGGUCGGCGGAAGCUGCAAGCGCGGCAUUGUCUCAGCAGCAGCAGUUCCAGUCGUGGCCGUACUCGGACACGACGUCUGCCGCGACGGAAACGGCGGCGUCCUCGCGGUGUCAGCCGUCCGUUGAGAACUCCUCCUCGUCUCCGCUCGAGCUGACGGCGCACAACAAUCCGUCCGAGCCUCCGUCGGCCUUGACAAAGCAGACUGUGGCGGCAAAUCGGCGGAGGCACAGCCGCGACGACGAGGACGCAACGAGCAACGGCACGUCGGAAAACAAUCCGAACCGGUGGACCGUCGAGCGCACGCGGAGGGGCGUCGGACUCAAGCUCAAGUUUACGCCCGCGCGCAAGCAGGGCUCGUCUCUGAUGAGUCCACCGCCGCCCACCCCUACGAGAGCUCCCAGAGGAAGGGCAGCGGCUGCUGCAGCGGCCGCUGCGGCGUCUGCUGCGGCCAGCGGAGGGUCCUCGACGUUUGAUGUGUACGACUGGAACGACGAGGAGGACAGCGAGUGUUCGGACUUUGUCAAGAUGCAGUGGCGCGUGCUGCACACGGAGGACACCAAGGUGAUUCUGUGUCGGACUAAGCAGUUUGCGCUGCCGCGGAAGCAGGGAAAGCACGUCGGCGGAGGCAAGCAGCUCGUGUAUUGAGAGCGUCCGCGAACCGGGCGCGACGCUUGGCACACUGCGAGGGCGUGGAAUCGACCAACGCCGCCUGGCACGGUCCUCCGGACGACGUGGCACUACUUCAUUUGAGACAUACUUUUGACUAGGCUGCGCGAGCAUGCUUCCAGAAAAGGCCGCAAGCGGCGGACGACGGUUUGCGCCGUUUAUUUGCAAAGCCCACUAUUCAACGCAAGAAUCUCCGGUGCCAGACUUUGAGAGCCCAGCGUAGUUCGGUCGUUCGAGACCGGCACUCCGUUCGACCAACGAGCGGAGGGGAGUUUCCCAGGAACGCUUGCUCGUGACUUGAACGUAGGGUCGCCAGGGUUUCGGUACGAGUGCCCGCCGAAACGACGCGAGGGACAAAGCUGCCCUCGAUGGUGGUUCCGCCGCAUUACAUAGCAACAUGUGCAUCCAUACUCAUGUAACAGACACCCCCCCAUUAAGCCUGCAUCUUGUAUCCACACCCAUCUAAACGUCGGUUGUCGUCGUAGCGGCAAUUGCGGCACGGUCGUCAAUACUCUCAGCCAAUGCUGUCAUUCGUUUUUCUCCCCGGGGAAAACGCGAGGCGGCGUGGGCCGUGCGUCUUCUUAGAGUCGUAGAGACUGGCACUGCGACGGGCAUUUUGGAAAAUCUGAUUCCGGUUUCGUAUCUUCUUUUAAGCGCUUGUAAAAAUUGCUGUUGUCGUCGUCGGGGUUUGGGACGGCAGAGGGACUUCGGCCACCCCACCUGCAAUGCGAGCUUCCCGCCUUUGACCAUGCUUUGGCGUCCCGUGAGCCUCGAGUGUGCACGCGCGGUCGAAGCAUGAUGGAAGGCAACGAGCACGCGCUGGGGCCUGGGCUUCUGAAAGAGCCGUCCUGCCGUUCUCGUACUACUGUCGAGCACCAACAGUGGGAGGCGACGUUCUCGGUCUUUACAUGCGGCGGAGUCCGCGAUGCCGCGUUUGUUUGACUCACCUGUGCUGCGUUCUACCAGUGUAGAAAGUGGAUCGUUGUCGUUAAGCCUAAACCUCUCAAAAUGCACACCACAGAGGGGAGUGCAUUUUCUGUUUUAUUUUCUUAGAAUCAAAAAGCUGUCAUCAAAACUACCGGCACGGCGAUAACCGCACAUUUGGAGCACUAACCUGAGUGGUAAAGUUUGGUGCCGGCCAGCAGCCUUUUGAAGUGACAUCCGAAAAAGCGCAAUGUCAUGUUUGCGCCAACAAUGUACAGCAUGUCCCCCCCCAAAAAAAUUGAUGGCGUUUCUUUCGUCACAAAAAUAAGCUGCGCAUGACCGACCACUCAAUCUUUCACCAAUUGUAGUGCUAGAAGUCUGAACCGAAUGCCGAAUUUCCAGCAUUAAUAGUUGUCUUAUUCAAAAGUUAUACGAGUGAUUUUCUGAAAUUUUCAAUAGAAAAAUGGCUUUUGUUUUCGGUAACUGGUGCCAUAGAGCUCCAUGUAUUCGAGUUUUGUCGGCCGCCAUUUUCCCAUUGAAAAUUUCAGAAAAAUCACUCGUAACUUUUUUAUAAAAUGGCUAUUCACUCUGCAACUUUGGCGUCUGGUUUGUACCACUAGCACUACAUCUGGGCAAAAAGUUAGCGUUUGGCGAUGCAGUUUAUUUCUGAAUUAAAAAAAAAAAAAACCUGUACAUAUUUGGGUGGGGGGGGGGGACAUGAUAUACAUCAUCCUUUACUGCUGUCAGACAUUCUGCCCUUUUGCAGGCGACAGUGGGGGAAAUCGACAGUGGCCUGAGGAGUUAUUGGCGUAUUCGAGUCCGUGUAAGGAUAGUCGAGGAAACACACUUUACAACUUGACAUCAGUUUUUAAAUCGCUUUUCCUAAAGACAAGCAGAUGUAGCGAAUACGUCGGCCGACUUGGUUUUUCGCAGUUGUUUUUCACACGUGCCAUUUGAUGGCUGAAACCGCGAACCCUCUCCCAAAAUGUCCGCCGCGGCACCGGAGCUCGCGACGUGCAGCCAGUUUUUUUAAUGAGUGCAGUCGACUUAAGUUAUGGCUUGGCUAUUCGUUGUUGUUCUCCGGAGAAAAUAGUUCCUGUGCUUGCAAUGUCCAGUGUUCCUUGCUUUAUUUUUUUUUUUUCCCUCCAGGAUCAAUUUUGUUAUUUUAGGUUGUUUAAGGAGAGGUUAUGUCGUCGAGUGUCGUGCGUGUGGUCUCGUGAGUCGGCGGAAAUAUACCGAAACGUUUCCUUGCCCUUCCAUGCCAAGUCGUGUUCGGAGUGGGUCACAAGCGGCAUGGCAAACUUGGGCAAACGGGAAUAAUUUAUCGUUUCGGCAAAAAGCUACCUUGCCAUCCAACGGGGAUCAAACGGAAGGUUCUUAACAACCGAAGUGUUAGCAUGGACAUCGACAUAAGGACACCCAAGAACAAGAUGUUUUUUGGUUUUUUUUACACUUUUUAAGUUGUCGCAAUUUUCAGGAGGAACCUAGAGUGAUGCCAAAGUUUUUCUCCAAGAAAUGGUGACACCUUUGUUUCCUUUAAACGGUCCUUUUUUUAAUCAAAUCACUGAUCUGGCUUUGUUUGCGAGUUGUUGCUUGUUGAUCCGCAGUUUUGUUUUUAAGUUAUUGCUUUUAAGGAGUAUGUGGGGUUUCGCUCGUUUACCCGUCGUGCUUUUAGCUUGGCGAGCCAUUUCACAAAGUAAAGGACACAGAAAGACGAUUGAUAGCAAUGUUUGCAUGCAAUAUUGUGCACUGUGAACCGUGUUGUGUGUUCAACAAGUGUUCAAGAUGGGGCCGACGAGACGGUUGCGGCGCCUUUUGUGCGGGCAGCAAAAUACGUACAUCUCUGUCCAGGAUAGACGGCUACGGAUUUACUUAAAAACUAGAAAUAAAAGAAACAAUCGCACAAAAUUACUGCAGCCCAUCCCUAAAUUUCCAUUGGCACAAGGGAAACAACACAUAGAGGCCAAUCGAAACGCACUGCAGCUCGUAAAACGCUGGACAACGCGUUGCUGUACAAGCACGAGCACUUCAAAAAAAUGUUUUAUACGCUUCCUGGUGUAAUGCGCUUCCCACGGUGAAACCUUUCUGGUCUCUCGUAGGUAUACCAAUAUUCGAGAACAGGAAAGGUGUCGGAACGGGAGUCCAUGCCAAAGGAGGCGGGGUCAGCGACGUAGCGCGUGCAACGAUCGAUUUGUGCAAAAGCAAGUUCAAACCGUGUGCCAUCUGUGUAUAAGUAGCAAAGCGGAAAUUACGAUAAACAACCGUCGCCAGUCUUCUUUAUUGUGCGUGUGGCAGCGCAAGAGAUAAGACUGCCUUAUCGAGCAUUCUUGGUUCGGAGCAGCUCGACAUCUUGUACAUAAUGUUGCUCGCUGCAGCUCUUCGAUGUUGCCCCUCUGCUGUAUAUAUAGAUGUAGUUUUUUUUUGUUUUUUUUUCUUUCUCCGUACUGCUCUGGUAAAUAAAAUCUAGUUUGUACCAGAAAACACAAAUGUCCCUACUUAUACCAGCC